GCUACUGGUGUUCGGUUAAAAAAAGGUGUAAACUUAAUAAGUAUGAUUAGUUUCAGUGAAGUGAUUAAUGAAAGCACAACACUGAAAGUAUUUUUGCAAACCAAAAUGAUAAAAGAAAAAUUUUACUUAAAAUUUGCAAUAUUUUUAACAAUUUUGGCUUAUGUUGGAGCCGAAAGCACACCUUGUAAUUUGCGUGAAACACCUGAUGGCGGUGUUUGCGUCUGUACAGCCUCGUAUUGUGAUUACUUAGAAGAUCCUACACCGGAAGAUGAACCACAGUUUAGUUUAGUGUCAUCAUCGAAGGCUGGUCUACGUUUUGAAUCUACCAAAGGUCUUUUUAAUCUUUUCAAAAAAUAUUAUAUUUUUGAUUACGAUCAACGUAUGCAAACCCAAUCGGAAAAUGAGAAAGCUCAAAUAAAUGGAAGAUUUACUCCAGCACGCACUGUACGUUUGGAAAUAAAUCGUGAUAUUAAAUAUCGCAAUAUAGUGGGUUUUGGUGGAGCAUUUACUGGUGCAGUUUCUUAUUUAUUGCAAAAACUACCACAAGAAUUACAAGAUCAGCUUUACAAAUCCUUCUACUCUGCCGAUGGCAUUGGUUGGAAUCUAUUGCGUAUGUCUAUAGGAGGUUGUGAUUUUGAUUUGGAACCUUGGGCUUACAACGAACAACCCGAAAACGAUGCGCUACUAACAAAUUUCACGAAACUAGAUCCCCGUGAUGAAGAGAAAGCUAAACAAAUUCAUCGCCUAAAACAUGUUUCCAAUCCCUCUAAUCUGAGAAUUAAAGGUGCCGCUUGGAGUCCUCCAAAAUGGAUGAAAUCGAAUAAUGAUUGGACUGGUUUCAGUCAUUUGAAAAAGGAAUACUAUCAAACAUGGGCGGAAUAUCAUUUGAAGUGGCUGGAAAUAAUGGAAAAUAAUGGUUUGCCUGUGUGGGCCAUUUCUACGGGCAAUGAACCCAUGAAUGGUUUGUUCUUUAUGAAUUUUGUUAAAUUUAUGAGUUUGGGCUGGUCUCCACUUCACCAGGCCGAUUGGUUGAGUGAUCAUUUAGGUCCCACCAUUAGAAAUUCUAAAUAUAAAGAUCUAAUUAUAUUCGGAAAUGAUGAUCAACGUUAUACCUUCCCGAAUUGGUUCCAAAUGAUGAAGAAAAAGCGUUCAGAUUCUGUGGACUACAUAGAUGCCUUGGGUGUUCACUGGUAUUGGGAUGAAAUUUUCAAACCCAGUCUUAUUGACAAGACGCUGGAAAAAAUGCCCGAGAAAAUGUUAUUAAUAACUGAGUCCUGUAUUGGUGAUAAACCCUGGCAAAAGUCUGUUCCUGCUUUGGGUUCUUGGUAUCGUGGUGAAAAGUAUGCCAGGGCCUUCUUGCAAAACUUGCAACAUGGCUAUAAUGGUUGGAUUGAUUGGAAUUUGUUGCUAGAUCAAAAUGGUGGACCUAAUUAUGUUGAUAACACCGUAGAUGCUCCCGUCAUAGUUGAUACAAAUAAUCCCACUGAAAUCUUGAAACAACCCAUGUUUUAUACAAUGGGUCAUUUCUCGAAAUUUAUACCAGAAAAUUCUGUACGCAUUGACGCGAUUCGUAGCAAUGUGAAUAUUGAUAGUGUGGCUUACUUAAGACCUGAUGGUUCAAUUUCUACUGUUCUUUUCAACAGCGGCAAUGCUAAUGUGGAUAUUACCGUUGUGGAUAGUAUUAGAGGUACUAUUGUCAUUAACUUGCCUCCCCGUUCUAUUCAUACUUUACUUUAUCGUUGAAAAUUUAGUAAUAAAUAAAUUGUUUUAAAUAAAGUUGUUUAUUUUUAUAAAUCUAA